GAGAGAGAGAGAGAGAGAGAGACUGUGAGUGUAUUGAAACAGAAAGAGAGAGAGAGAGAGAGAGAGAGAGAGAGAGAGAGAGAGAGGUCUGGCGUCUCCCGGUAGUAAAUCUAUGAGGUUUGGAGCACACAAACUGGGAGAAACAGAGAGAGAAGAGGCCUCGCGGUAAUCUCGUCGUUUAUGGUGACCUGGACCCGCAGCAGCACCAGCAGCAGCACCAGCAGCAGCGCGUGAAGCCUUGGAUUAAACAGCCCGAAUAGAAGGACGGAUGGUCGCGCGGACGGGCGGCGCGCUGUGAAGUUGGACAGACUAUCGAGACCAGCGAGACAGCAGCAGCAGCAGCGGCAGCAGCAGCGGCUUCUCUCCCCCCCACCAUCCCCGAACCCCCGUUAAGGCAGCGGCGGCACCGGGAGGCUGUGCCCGCGCACCCCGACCAUGAAGCUGCCCUGGCUCCUGGCGCUCACGGCGCUGCUUGCUCACGCCGCCACGGGACAGACUUGGUCACCGUCCAUCGAUGAUGAAGGCUCGACGAGGGACGAGUUCUACGACGACGAGGACCUUUACUCUGGCUCUGGCUCUGGCUUACCUGAGAUCAGAGUGAGGCCGACAUCGGCGGGUGUGUCUUUCACCACAGAAGAGCCCUUCCUCCUCUCCACCACCCAGGCCACCAGCCCCGCCCCCUCUGCCUCACCUGCAGCUGAGCCGAGCCCUGACCCGGAGGACCCCACCGGCACCCUGCUGCCCACCGAGGCCGACGGAGAGAGCGGUGUGUUCUGGGAAAGAGAGAAGGAGCUGGAGAAGGAGAGAGAGAUGGAGGAAGAGAGGGAGAGGGAGAGAGAGCUGGAGAGGCAGAGAGAGCUGGAGAAGGAGAGAGAGCAGGAGAGGCAGAGAGAGCUGGAGAAGGAGAGACAGUUGGAGAGAGAGAGAGAGAGGGAGCGCGAGAGGGAGCGUGUCCGGGAGAUGGAGCGAGAGAGGGAGAGGGAGAGAGAGCGCGAGCGAGAGAGGGAGCGCGAGAGGGAGAGGGAGAAAGAGAGAGAGAGGCAGAGAGAGCGUGAGCUUGAAAGAGAGAGAGAGCUGGAGCGCAUCAGGGCCGCUGCCCAGACCACCGCCGCCCCGCGAUCACCUGCUGCCGUCCCCGUUGUGACCACCAACCCAGCAGACAGCACUGCGGAAAGCGCGGCACCCUCUGCCGGUUCGGACGACCUGAGCACCACAGAAGAAGAAGAGGACGUCUACCUGUCGCCUGAACCCACACCGUUUUACCCAGGCUUCGACAUGGAAACCACCACAGAUGAAGACAUGCCAACCACAGCAGAGACCACUCCUGAGCCCACGACGGCUGCGCCUACCACCACCACUGCCGCCACCACUGUCAAGACCAGGGUCCCCUUCAGGCCCAGGGUUCCUAUGACGACAGCCACUCAGGCAGUGCCAACAGUGAGGACGACCCGGCCACAGCAGCCCACAACUGCACAGGAGGCUAACAAUGACAUGGGUGCUGCGGGGACGAGUGGAGAUUUCGAGAUCCGUGACGAUCGCCGCAACGAUCUUGGUCGAGGUAUGCCGCCAGGGGAGCCUGAUCUGAUCGGAAACACGGUGGACGGAGGAAGCUCUGCCGCCCAGCUCCCACAGAAGAACAUCCUGGAGAGAAAAGAGGUCUUAAUAGCGGUGAUAGUUGGAGGAGUAGUGGGCGCACUUUUCGCAGCCUUCCUGGUGAUGUUGCUGGUGUACAGGAUGAAGAAGAAGGACGAGGGCAGCUACACGCUGGAGGAACCCAAACAGGCCACCGUCACCUACCAGAAACCAGACAAGCAGGAGGAGUUUUACGCAUAACACUCGUGUGGCGGAGAGACACACCGCGCACCGAGGGAGAGAGAAAGAACGAGAGAGAGAAGAGAGAAAGAUACUCUAAGCCCCCGUCCUCCUCCUCCUCCUCCUCCUCCUCCUCUUCGUCGCCUUCCCCCUCAUCUGCUCGCCUCUCCUCAUCCCUCUCUCCUCUCGUCUCCAAAACACUUGAGAGCGCCUUUCUCUCUGCAGACUUGGAACUUUCUUUUCAACGAAGAAGAGGACAUAAAAAACAAAAAACAAAAACAAACAAAAGGAACAAAAAAAAAUCCAAAUAUAUUCUGAAAAAAAUAACACAUACACACAAGAUGUUUUUAAAGUAAAUGUUGUUAUUAAUAUUCUACAGAUUCUUUUGUUCUGUAUGUAAUGAUAUGAUUAUUUUGUAAAAAAAAAAAGAGAACACAAACAAACAACAAAACUAAAACACGAGCUCUUAACCUGUGUUUUCGAGCACACAGAAAAAGUUCCUCCUCUGUUUUUAUGGAGCGAAUGAAAAGGCUGAAAAGAAAGGAGGAGAGGAGAGGGGUGGAGCGAGCGGAGCAAGACACAAAAGAGAAAGAGAAGGGGGGGUGGGCUCGACUCUGCCUCUCUCUCCCCCACCCACCCAAAAAACGUCCACACGCGGCGUCUGGUUGGCCGCACAGAGCCCAGGGUCAAAAGGUGAGAGGAAAGGUCUCUUUUGUGCCUUCCAUCCCUCUGGUGCUCAAAGACUCAUAACGCACAUCCACUCUCGCACACACACACACACACACACACACACACACACGCAUACACACAGACAUGUAUUUGCUUGAAGGUGGCUCUGACCUCUCUCUCUGUGCCCGGCCAACCAGAAAACGGCGAUCAACCCUCGGCGCGUUUCUCAACGCCGAGGAGCCGCUGUGGAAACGUCGGCUGGUCCAUCUGCUCCUCUAAGCUGUACAAAGACUAGUUACGGAUAGUAAUAAUAACCAAUAAUAUAUCAAUGUUUUGGGCUGGAUGGUGAAUAAUAAUAAUAAUAAAACAUAAUAAUAAUGAUGAUGAUAAUAAUAAUAAUUCUGAAACAGGAGGAUGUGUAUUUAGCAGAAAAAAAAACAAACUUUAUAUGUAAAUAUCAGCGUAUCCUUUCUGGCAUCACUAACCAUCUGCAUGAUCAUGAAGAGUUUUUAUCCAUCACAUCCGUCAUCACCUCUAGAUGAGCUGUGCUCUCGUCAGCCACACGCACGAACACACGCACGCACUUACACACGACACACACGCACGCACAAGUGCAGACACCACACGGACUUUGAAUCUACUGUAAAUCAUAUCACUCAAGCACAUAUCAAACCCAUUCCCAUCGUCAUCCUCAUCGUCGUCAUCGUGAUAGUCAUCCCUCGCGAAACAAGCGAGAUCAGGUGGUUUCAAUAUGUUAUUGAUUAGUUAUGGAUCAGUUACCGGUUGGUUUAGAGUUUGGUCUGUUUGUGUAAAAGCACAACUACGCGUCCAGUCAUCACCUCAUCUGAUAUCUUCCCUCCCUCCGUCACUCGCACACCUUUUUUUUUUUUUUUUGCAUGCCUCACUUUCUUUUUUUUUUUUUUCUUUUGCCAUUGGCUCUCUGUUUCGGGGACGGGAGGGGGCCUCUGGGAAGCGAGAGGGGCUUUGAUGAAAAAAAAAAGUGUGAAUCCUCGCAGGGAAGUUGCUCCCGCAUGCACUAAUUCGGUCAAAAAUCGCAACUUUUGUCAUCGAAGCUUUGGUUAUGAGGAGAAGCAGCUGUCGAAUUAGCGUUCAUGGGGUCAACUUGAACCUGCUGUCGGGCUCUUUUUGUUUUUGGUUUCGGGUAAGGGGACAAUGGGGGGAAAAGGGGUAAAGGAUUCGGUUUGGGAAUGUGAGGAGACAGGAGGGCUGUGCUUCUAUCUAAGAGAUUGUAACAAUAACCACACCAGUGCGACUGGGCUAGUAGCUUCUAUUAUACUCAGUACUGUAGAACAAAAAUGCAUGGGAGUCAAAACUAUACUAGUCUGGGUGUGUGUGGAUGCUUGUGUGUGUGUGUGUGUGUGUGUGUGUGUGUGUGUGUGUGUGUGUGUGUGUCUUUGUGUGUUUGAAAGAAAAAGAGGGGUGAGUUAAAGUCGGAAUGUACUGUGGUCGAGUGUGUGUUUACCUACUCCAGCAGUUCUCACGCUCUUCCACAGACAGGUAACGCACCUCUUCCACUCCUGUGUGUGUACGUCACCUGCCCACCUCGCCACAGUGUGUGAGAAUAUAUGUGUGUGUGCGUGUGUGUGUGUGUGUGUGUAUACACCUCAUCUAAGCCACCACCUGUACGUGUGUGCGUGAGUGCUUCACCUUGGUAUUUCACAGCAGACUCUUGUGUACACUGACUAGCCUGUCGAUGUGUGUGUGUGUGCGCGCGCGUGUGUGUGUCUGCGUGUGUUUAGUCUGUUCACUGCUGAAUUCGGGGCAGCUGGUCCCCUCACAGUGGCUUUCACACACACUGACUGUCUUUUCACUGUCUGUCUGUCUGCCUAUCUGUGUCUCUGCCGCAGGACAGACCGACAGACAACACGCCACUUUUCUCACAGGCAGGAAUGAUCUUAACACGUACUGUCUUUUCUAAAGUGACUGUCGAAGUGUAAACAUGUGUGUUUGUACCCAUCUAAGCCUGCGUAGCCAAAUAAGACGUGUGUGUGCGUGUCUGUGUGUGUGUGUGUGUGUGUGUGAGAGAGAGAGAGAGGGUGAAUUUGUUUGUGAGUAAAGGUAUGCGUGUGUGUGUGUGAGUGUGUGUGAAGCCCGAUGGAGGCUACACUACUCUAUGUUUGCUGUUCCCAUUCCUGUUUUUAUACAUUUGCAUUUUUUUAAGGCUGAGUUUCUGUCAUUGGCUGAGUGAGCGAGAGGAGGCGGAUCCUCCACGCCACCGCCCUGUCACUAAUCUGCCACUCUGUUCCAAAUAAAAAACCUGAUUGGGUAAAUCUGU